AACAAUUGUAUAGUUAGGUCUUAUUUUCAAUAUUUAUAAAUAAUGCAAGAUGUAUAUAACACUGUUAAAGGGAAAGCCUUAGAAAUCGCUGAUUUUUUAACACCUGUUCUUAAAGAAUCAAAAUUUAAAGCAACUGGAGUAAUAACACCAGAAGAAUUUAUGAUUGCUGGAGAUCAUUUAACACAUCAUUGCCCAACCUGGUCUUGGGCCAGUGGUGAGACCUCAAAGUUGAAAUCAUAUUUACCACCUAAUAAGCAAUAUAUAAUAACAAGGAAUGUUCCAUGCUAUGACAUGAAAAAAUUUUCAGCUAAAAAUAUGAUUGAAAAAAUCAGAAUUCUAGAUGAUGAUAAUGCAGAUCAAGGCUGGAUUGAAGCAAUAUAUCAUAGUGAUACAGAAUCUAACAAAUCCACUAAAGGGAGAAACAAUACCCAUCAAGGUAUUGAUAUCGCCAAUGAGGAUUUAUUACUUAGCAGAUCUUUAUCAGAAACUCAUCAUGAGUCGGAUAGAAGUGAAAGUGACGAGGCUGGAGAUAUGGAGGCCUAUUUACAUAAUCUGAGCAAAAAGGAUACAAAAACGGAUAGCAAAGAUAAGAUAAUGGGUAUAGCAGCAAAUGUUCAAAUACAAAACGAGCCUCAAAAGAUAUAUGAUGAUAUUCAAGAUGAUGAUCAGAUGACUUUUGAUUUUUCCAACAUUGACCUCAAAAGUUUGGAACACCCUGACAACGAAAAUAAAAAUAUUUCCAAAACUAGAACCUACGAUUUACACAUAACAUAUGACAAAUAUUACCAAACGCCUCGAUUAUGGUUGAUUGGAUAUGACGAGAAUAAGAUGCCUUUAUCUGUAAAUCAAAUGUACAAUGAUUUUAGCGCUGAUCACGUUAAAAAGACGAUAACCAUGGAAAAUCAUCCACAUUUAUCAGGCCCGCCUAUGGCAUCCAUUCAUCCCUGCAAACAUGCUGAAGUGAUGAAAAAAAUUAUCGAAACUUGCGCUCAAGGUGGUAAAGAUAUAGGAGUUCAUAAGUAUCUCGUGAUAUUUUUGAAAUUCGUUCAAGCCAUAAUACCCACAAUUGAAUAUGAUUUUACUCAAAAUUUAAGAUUAUAAAAGGAAUAUUUUAAUAUAUAUAUAAAAAAUCAAAUUACGAAUCCGACUAUAUUAUCAGACACUAAAAUAAAUAAUGGACGGACCAUUAAGAUUUUCUUUAAACAAUGCAAAAUCUAAUAAAAUGAAACAUAAUUUAAAUUAUUUAUAUAUUUAUAACAAUAAUGACAGUAAUCAAUUUGUAAUACAAAUGAGCAUAUUUGUGCAUAAUAUUGCUAUUAACAAUUUCUAUAAAUGAUAUAACGCAAUUUUUUUUUACAUUCCUAGCUUAAAUAUUGCACAUCACACCUAAUUCAUUCAAUUUUUAAAAUCGAUCAACCAUUUAGGAUAAGUAUAAGGUAGCGUA